AUGAAAACUUUUUGGACCGUCACUCAUCUGAUUUUGCUUUCCAAAGAGAGAAAGAAUGCAAAUGAGGCAAAUAUAAAAUUACCAUAUGCACGAGGGGGACUCAAAAUAUUUCUGGAGUGUUCUUAGUUGAUUUUGAAGUGCAGUGCAAAAUUUGAAUUUUUGAACAAGGGGAGAAAAUUCAUUUAAUCAGAGGCUGGGGAAAGAUGGAAGCCAGUGAAGGGUAAUUGUAUACUUGCUAGACGCCUCUAAAACAGAUUACAAUGAACAUUUGGCUGAUUUGAAUCAGAAGCCACAUUCCUCCCCCACCCCACCUCCUCUCCUCAUCGCUCCACAGCUUCUUCUUUUACCCUCAAGUGUAGUUUCGGUAUGACUAGGGAACGGACACUAAAAAUAUUUCUGGAAUGACGUGACCCUCCAUCUCCCCAUCCAGGAAAGGGACAAGGCUGCAUAAGACACACAGCACAUGCUUUCCGUUCAUUUCUGGCAGACUCAGGCUCGACCUACACAUGCUGCUUCUUCACUGGCUAAUGGCAUUAAGACCCCCAGCCAUCGACAGUGCCAGACAAGCAACUGGACAGGACAGCUUCUCAGCAGGACACUGGCCACAGUCGCGGCCAGAGCCGCAGCCCCCUGGCUACAGACCACCUCUGCUGCCUCUCUUGGGAGCCCUCCCACCUCCCUCUGGCUUGCCGAGGCCCCACCACAGGGGCUGAAGAACUGGGCGGUGGUGGCAGUCGUGGCCGUGGCACCUACAGCCUUGGGGCCAGCCCAGGCACGUGGGAACCUGGUUCAGGCCACUCUGCGGCCCCUCCGGGACCAGAGUGGGACCCAAGACAGCCCCAGAGCUCACCACUGUCUCUUCUUGUCACUUAAACCUGGACAAGGGCUCAGGAUGGAAGGCGGCACUUCUAACAGGAACGCGCGGACCAGCCUGACGCCCGCGGAGGACCCGGUGAGCAGAGCACAAGCCAGCCCGGAGCCCAGGCAGCAGCUGCCGCCGCGUUCUGAGCCAUCAGCCUCUACCCAGCCUGAAGCUAAGUAUGAGGAGAUGUGUGCUUCAGCUGGAGUCAGAAGGAAGAGCCCCCAGACCUUGAAACUGCUCCUGGAACGCUGCCCCGAGGAGCAGGCUCCUAGGAGACCCAAGACAAAAGCCCAGGAUGAAGCUAGCAGCCAUGCCAGGGAGGCCCCAAACCCCAGGGGGAGUCCUGCUUCUCCCCAAUGCCUCGGUGGCUCCCAGGCUGGUGAGAAUGACUUCUCAUCUUCCUCUUUCUCCUCCUCUCCGGUCAACAGAGCAGAAGACGACGGCCUUUCCAACAUGGAUGAUCCUACCAAGUUACUGGGGGUCCUGGCCACCUCCUCUUCAUCGUUAGGCUUUGAGAGUGAGCCUGAAAGAAGCUGCCAAGGACACAAGGGAGAAGAAACAGGAGACAGGGCAGGUGCGGGGAAGGCUAGAAGAGAACGGGGCAGUGAUGGAGCAGAGUGUAAGGACAUUAUCGCCAAGUCCCACGGCAAGAGGGACCCCCUGAAAAACGAGGAGGCACACUACAUCACCACCCAUGAGAUCCAGCUGAGUGAGGUAGAGCAGGGCAUGGAUUUCGACGUGGGGCUGGCUUCUCGCUGGGACUUCGAGGACAACAACGUCAUCUACUCAUUCGUGGACUACGCUUCCUUCGGUGGCAGUGAUGAGACCCCAGGAGACAUCACCACCGAAGAAGACGAUGACAACAGCUGUUACGUCAGCACCACUCCGAGCACCAACACCACUCGGACUCCAAGCCCCAUCAGCAGUGACCUGGCUCGUCCCAGCGCAGGCAGCAGUGGCCGUGACACCAGCAGCACAGAAGUGGGCAGUGGCUUCUCUGACAAUGACACUAUUCCCCCACCCACUGGACCUGGCACUGCCACUCCACCUGAGCCUUUGCCGGAGCUCCGGGAGGCAGCCUUAGGGGCAUCGGCCACUGCUGCAAGCAGCUGUGGGAGUGCAGCAAGCCAGAUCCUCCUGUCAAUCAAGCCAACUUCCCGGGCUAUAAAUGAGCCUAGCAACGUGCAUGCAAAGCAAAACAUUAUUUACGCUGCCAAGCAUGAAGGCGACAUGAGCCUCCGAGUGUCUACAGCUGCUGAACACAAUUCAAGUUCACUAAAGCAAACUUCGGCUGCAGCCGUGGCUCAGGACCAUGCAAGGAAAUUCAUUGCUGUCCCUGCUCGCCUGCAAACCAGGUGCGGGGCGAUCCGGGCAAAGGAGCUGGUGGACUAUUCCAGCGGCGCCUCCAGCGCUGUGAGCGAGCUCGAUGACGCUGACAAAGAGGUGAGGAACUUAACAUCCAGGGCCUUCCGGAGCCUUGCUUACCCCUAUUUUGAGGCUCUGAACAUCUGCUCCCGAGAGUCCUCCGCCACACUCUCUGAAGUGGGCUUUGGACGAUGGUCAACCUUCCUGGACUUAAAAUGUGGAGGUGUCGGAGCCAGGGUGGAACAGAGCCUGCUGAGAAGCAGUGCCGCCUCUGUGGCUGCAGGUCUGAGGAAGGGCGGCGGAGGCGCCCGUGCUACUGCGGACCAGCUCUACCCACAGGCCAAGAAGUCCCAGACUAAGGCCUUGGAGUUUGUGGUCAGCAAAGUUGAGGGAGAAAUCAAACAUGUGGAGACACCCCUGUGCUUCCAGAAACAGGUCCAAACCGGCUCCCGGGUGGUCACGCUGCUGGAGCCCCUCAGUCUACGCAGUGAGAGCAAAGCCAGCUCAGCCACCGGACCCUGCAGAGUCACCAAAGGUUCUAGCAAGGGUCCAGGCUCUGUGUAUACAGACGAUGGAUCAGAGGCGUCUGAGAGUAGCAGCAGCAAGCCUGCCUCCCGCAGUGACGGCCCCCAGAAGAAGUCCAAAUUUGCUUCCAGCCUGCUCAAAAACGUCAUUUCGAAGAAGAUGCAGCGAGAACAUGAGUUCAAAAUGGAGAGGGGAGAAGUCACUGACACAUCCCACCGUAAUCCCCCCAGCACCUCUAAGGAGACAGAAGGGCCUCCUGGGGCGGAGAAGCCACGGGAAAGGGGGCUGCAGAGGCAGAGCUCACGCCACUCUGAGGCUAGCUCCGAGUACACCGUGGUCAGUGUGUCUGAUGCAGGGGGAGAAGGGUCUGUUGUAGGUUCCAAGUCCCCCGUUUUCAAAGCCAGUACCCCCCGAGAGAGCACCACAGGCUCUGGCCGAAAUCUCUCUGAAGGACACACAGAAGUCUGUGAGAUUAAAAAGAGUGCUUCAGAGACUGUGAAGGGAAUCUUCUUGAGGAGCCAGAACAGCGCCUUCCGGACAUGGAAGGAGAAAGAAGCAGAGAAGCUGGAAGAGAGAGGCCCCGUUGGGAAGCUAAAGCUGCCCAAAGGUGAAGACUGGAGGGCUGACCUUGGCGAGAUCUCUGCCAGCAAGUCUACCAUCAUGUCUCGCCUCUUUGUGCCCAACAUCCAGCAGACACCCAAAGAUAAACAACCAGGGAAGCAGGCCACCAAGUACCCUGCUGCCAGCCAGGCCACCUCCAUGGCAGUGAUCAGACCUAAGGCUCCCGAAAUCAAGAUCCGGCUGGGAAGUGUACAGCAGCCAAGCUCAGACUUCAGCAUCGCCAAGUUGCUCACGCCCAAGCUGGCUAGUGGCAGCACCUCAAAUCUCUUCAAGACCGUUGAGGACAACAGCAGCAGGACGCAGCAGAAACUCUUCCGUGGUGGGGACAACCUGGAAAAAGUGCCCCAGUUCCAGGUGAGAGAUGUUAGAGACAAGUCAAAGGCCCCAGGACCUCUCCACCAGGUGAGAGAUGUCAGAAAGCUAAUCAAAGGGUCAGGGGACAGCAGUGACAAAGGCAGCGUCACCCCAGAGCAGGGGUUGACAGGGCCUAAGCCUAGGCAGCUGGCUGCUGCCGCUGGAGCAUCUAGGUCCUUGUCCCCUAUGGUGAUCAUGUGUCAGGCGGUUGUGAGUCCACGAGAGGACAGUGUGGACCGAGAGCCCAGGGAAGGUGUGGGCAAAGUGGGCAGCGGCACCAGAGUCUCGAACUCCUCCCCUGAAGGGACUGUCUUGGUUCACAGGGCAUCUGGCAGGCUGCCUGUGGCCACCAUUGCCCCCAAUAAAUCUGAGCAGAGCUCUUACCUGCCUGUGCUCAAGAUAGUCUCCAAAGCUUCUGCUCAGAGGACACCAGAGAAAUCCAAAGAGGACGAUGUCAAGGAGGAGGGGAAAGCCCCAAAGCCUGCACGAAAUGCCUUAGAGAAACUCACAGCAGCCGUGAGGUCCAUGGAGGAGCUGUACAGCUUCAACAGGAAUGAAUGGAAGCGCAAAAGUGACCCCUUGCCCAUGAUGGCUGACAGCCACGUCCUGUCACUCAUAGCCAGCGAGGAGAGGGAAGGGGUAGCCGGACCCGAAGGAGACCCUGACAAGCUAGCCAAGCAGCUGGCGCAGGUGGAAGAACGGGACACAGGACACAAAGGUGGUGUGGUCCUGCGAGGACCUCCCAUAGAACGUCUGCAGAGGAGAAACUCAAACCCCAGCACCGAGAGCGUGUCUGCCCGGGCAGCUGCCUUUGAGAACAUGGCCAGAGAAAGGCCCCGCUCUCUCUAUAUUCCCCCUGCCCACAAGGAUGUGGAAAGAUCCCAGCCUUUGCAGCCCCUCCCCCCACUCCCCAGCAAUCGGAAUGUGUUCACGGUGAGUGCCAGCAGCACUCAGAAAACUGGGGGAGUUGCGGGCAAAUUCCCACAAGGGCCCUCUCCAGAGAGCCUUUCAACACCCAAGGGCGUCAAAUCACAGGGACUCCGAUCUCUCAAGAUCUCCCCAGCCACCCGAGCACCUCCUGACGAUGUCAACAGGAAAACUGCUCUCAGUUUGCAGAAAAGCAACAGUGAUUGUGAAAAUUACCUGACCAUCCCCCUUAAAGGAAGCGCUGCCUCAGAGGAAUUGCUUGGCAGGCCUGCGGUUUCCAGAGAUGGGCCCCCCAGCUCCUCAGCUGCCACUCUGUGCAGCUUACCUCCACUGAGUGCCCGCAGUCAGGUCCCUAAUAAUCCUAAAGGAUCCCAGGUUAGCGGAACCAGCCGGCCAGCUUGGCGCACCAAACCUGAGAACCACCGAGAAACAGUAGCAGCCCCGACAGGACCACAGAGCCCCGAGCAUCCUCCUACUGCUGUCUACCACCAGCAGGCAUUGCCUUUUACCCUCCAGGGGACCCAGCCUCAGGUCCUCUGCUUCUCCCCACCUGGUGUGCCAGCCCCAGCACCUGCAGGCCCAGCCGCUGUUCCCAGUGACCCCUUUCAGCAGCCACAGCCUCAGCAGACGCAGCGCAAGAUGCUCCUGGAUGUGACCACGGGCCAGUAUUAUCUAGUGGACACGCCAGUUCAACCCAUGACCCGGAGAUUGUUUGACCCCGAGACAGGACAAUAUGUAGAUGUGCCCAUGACUUCCCAACAACAGCCCGUGGCACCCAUGUCUCUUCCUGUACCUCCUCUGGCCCUGAGUCCUGGGGCCUAUGGGCCCACCUAUAUGAUCUAUCCCGGAUUUCUGCCCACCGUGCUGCCCCCCAAUGCCCUGCAGGCCACGCCCAUUGCUCACACUUCAGGAGGCAGCGAGCUCUCUGUGACAGCAGAGACCCCCAGCAAAGAGACAGCUGCUGCGUUCACUGAAGCCCCAUACUUCAUGGCUUCUGGUCAGUCCCCUGCCUCCUCUUCCUCCUCAGCUCCGGCAGCCACAUCCCAGCUUGUGGGAGCCAAGGGCUUUGCCCAGAUGCAUGGCAAGCCUGUCAUCAGCAUCACCUCACAGCCUUUGGGGCCACGGAUCAUUGCUCCCCCUUCCUUUGAUGGCACCACCAUGAGCUUUGUGGUAGAACACAGAUGACAAGAGUCACAGGAAAGCCUGGAGCAAGACAGAAACAAGGACAGUUAUUUAAUUUGAAAAUUGCAUUAUAACACUAUGAAUUCAUCUGAAAAAUUUCCAAUCGUGUUGUGAACUUUUAUUUCUUAUGAACCACGUGUGUAAGUUUGUAUAUUUUCCUGAACAACUCCUUUAAGAUAGUUUUUUUUUUUUCAGUUUUACUAAGAUGACUGAAUGGUUGCAUUUCUUCCUAUAAAACAUUUCUUUUUAUACUUUAAUACAGGAUAUAAGCUUUCUUGCCUCCGCCUUCCAUCCUGCACUUGUGACCAGGCAAACAAUACUCUGAGUAUUUGAAUGGUUCAUUCAAAACAGGCAGUAGACUUUGGUUGGUUCUAUUGUAAACCAAAUCAGCAAAUCAACAAUUAGGGUCACAAAUGGCCUUGGAGUUUCUUGAGUACUAUCAGUCUGGCUGACAGAAUGCCAUCUCCUGCUUAGGUUUUCAACACAACCCUCUACUUACAGUAAUAAAAAGCCAUCUCCAUCCUUCUGUGCUGUGGUAUCUGGCUUCUAGACCAGAUUUAGCAUGAUUUCCAGUGCAAUUGUGACAAACAGUAAUUUUGACAUUUGUAUUUUAAUUAUUU